CGUAACUUGUGAAUAAAAAUGCAACUCUGUGUUAUUUUUAACGCGACAAUCGUCUGGCAACACGAGUUAACCGAACGGAUAUAAAGAACCGUUAAUUUAUAUCCCACUCUAUCAAAAUUAAGUGGGGAAGCAGUGUGCUAAUAUAAAGUUUUCGUUCCGAGCUAAUAUUUGUUCAGUGUUAAAAUUAAAUACAGUAAUUGUUGUGUGUACAAAAAUAAAUCAACCAGGAAAUGAGCUCGUUAAUAUUAAUAAACUAUUUAGAGCAGCAAGCCAAAAGCAACAGCAAAUUGCAAGAACUGUUAGCACAGACGGCGCAGUGUUUGGUGCGCAAAGACGAGCAACGUAAACUGGAGAAAGAAUUAUUACAAGAGACGCUAAUCAACACAAUGGACGUCUAUGAAUUGGAAAGUAUUAUGAAACAGUUAAAAUUACAAUACCAACAACAAUGCGCGGUAAAAGAACAAAUGUUAACAGUUUACAAACAUUCCGUCGAGUUUUGUGUGCAAGUACAAAAUAUUGAUUGGAAUUCGCAAUUGCAUUGUAAACUGGAACUAAUGCAAUUGCAGUGUCAGAAUGAGAUGCGCGAACUGAGCGAAGAAUAUGAAGAGGAAAAGGAACGUAGGAAAGCGUUGGAACAGCGGCCAAUAGUUCAAGCAGCACACGCUGCAGAAAAAGAAGUUGCAAACAUUCAGGCAAAAAUAGAUAAUGCUAAACAACGUUCGACUGCUUAUCAGAGCAAAUUAUUGGAGCAAUUAGACAAGCUCCAAAACAAACGAAAUGCUAUAAUCGUUUUGCUAGUAAAAGGAAGCAAAGAAAUAGGAGGAAAAGAAGCAGAGCUUGCUGCUUUAGAAAGUGCAUAUAAUUCCCAAAGGAAAGAUUUGCUAGCACAAAAACAAGAAUUGAUUUCAAAAAUGCAGACACUCAAUACGAAGCUCCCCGUUUUCGUCAACGCAAAUGAGUUGAGGCCGAGUCUAGAGAAAGUCACCACAAACCACGAUUUCACACCAUCCAUCGCCACAAAGCUUGAUGCAUUUCCUAAAUUUGGAAAUACCACUAAUGCGGACACAGAUGCGAAGCCGAAAGAAAUCAGUUUCUUAGAUCUUUUCAAAGAGUGGGAGUUAAAGAAACAAAAACAGUUCCAAGAGCUGGUUACCACAACUGUAUAUCCCGGUAGCACUCCCAUAGUUCCGUAUAUGACUGUAAACUGUGACUCUGAAGCGGACCACACGAAUACAAUAUCCAAUAGGGGUCCAACAUCCAUACUGCGACGUCCAAAUAUUACCGAGGGUGAGGGUGGAGCUGUGAUACCUAAAAAACGUGUACGUUUUGCCACACUCGAGAGUUUUGAGAGUGAUUUGGACUUCAUUCCAUCACGCCAUGCGAGCUUUAAUUCGUCUAAAUAUGAUAUUGCUGCCGGAACUGGUGGAAAAAUUGAAAAUGAUACAUUUUUGGUUGAGGAUAACGUGCCAUCAUUUAACGGUGAUACUGAGACAAUUGAAAUUUUCAGUACCGAUGAAGUCAUGAGAAAUGGAAAUGAGAAACCACACAGUGAAGAAUUAUCAGGACAGAAGCAGACCAAGCCGGAUUUCGUUACGGCGAAAAAAUUGCUCAGGAAAGCAAGAUUACUGGGUUCGCAAAGGCAAAGCAAAGUUCAGGCGAUCGAAAAAAAGUCAAAAAUCGAAAUUCAAGAAUGUCGCAUCAUUAAACCAGCGGGCACUAAAUUGCCGACGAAGUUACCCAUAACAUUCACACCAGAACCACAAGCCCAACCCGCAAACUCCACAAUUUCAACAGAAACUUUACAGCCGACCAAGAAUAACGUGUUCAAAAAACCCCAAAUCCCAAAAAUACGAAAGCAGGAGAAAAUACCAGACGGUAAUAACUUUUUCUACGACUUUCUGAAAGAAUCAAGUGAGGAAAACUCUCAAACAGAUUCCGAGUUAGGUCUAAACACUGUUAAAGACACAAAUGAUAUGUUAAGCUUUGAUGAGCCCAAGGGUAUAAGUGUGAAAUGCAAACGUAAGUGUAAGCAGCCGGCAAUGGAUUUUGAGCGUUUCUUCCGCGAGACUCUCAAGAGCUGCAAUGAUAGCAGCGCUGUUAUACAGGUAUCACCCACUGAAGAGGAUAACGACUCCAUGCAGUUCGAUCUGAAUUUUACUGACAAUAACGGGUUAUCGGAUUUCUUCGCUGAUCAGAAGAAAUCUGAAAAAGAUGAUUAUGUGUUGUCACUUAACUUAAGCGAUUAGUCCAAUGAAAAAGUAAAGCGGUAAUAAUGUUUCUUUGUUAAAUUUUCUCUGUUUGUUCUGUCUGUGACAUUUUGUAAAUUGGUAUUUGGUUAUUUUUUAUUGUUAUUUUAAAUAUGAAUUUUCUAAAAAUAUAGGAAUUUUCUAAAAAUAUAGGAAUUUUCUAAAAAUAUUGGAAUUUUUUUUGUGGAUCACCGACUUUGUCAUCAGUUUCCACAAAUCUGAAAGUGCUCCGGAAUGGACCCGGAUUAAGAUCCCUCAAUCAUCAAAACUUUUUAGGAAAUGUUUGCCGUCUUAACAGUUAUCUUAAACGUGCUUAUAAGAAGUGUAACCAACUAGUUAUCGAAGUAAACUAACGGUAAUUGGAGAAAAUCGGCUGUUUCGACUUCCGACGGGAUCGAAGCAUAGAUCACACGGAAUUUUCUUUGAUUCUGGUGAUAUGUUGAGGGGUUGAUUGAAUUUAAUAUGUAAUGUCAAAAAUCAUGAUCCCUGCGGAAUUUUCCGGUUUAUGUUGCGUGAGAUGUUGGAUAUCGUUAAAAUAUGUCUUCUUGAUGUUCCUGGGUACAUAUGUUGACACCUUCUAAAAGCUCCUGAGAGUGAGUUCCGCUAGAGACAUAUGUCAACAUAGUAGAGAUAUGUGAAAGAAAGACUACUCUCCUUUUAGUGAAGAAAAGUAUGGGAGAAUAUAUUUAUACGCUGAAUAUUUUUAGGUGACCACCUAAAUUUUAAGGUAGUCAACAAGUUUGUAACACCCAGAAAGAACCGACGGAAACCUUAUAAAGUAUUUAUAUGUAUAUAAAUAAACAGCGUGAGAGCGGUACGUCUGAAUAUA